CCAGUUGAAACUAUUCGGAAGACAAUAGAUAUCAUGGCUAUGGUUAAAAUGAAUGUAUUUCAUUGGCACAUCACUGAUGACGAAUCGUUUCCCUUUGUCUCAACCACCUAUCCAGAACUGUCAGACAAGGGUGCAUAUCAUCCACAAAAGUGUACAUAUGAUGAAAUCGAGGUGUCUGAUUUAUUGGAAUACGCUCGUCUCCGUGGAGUUCGGAUCAUUCCAGAAUUUGAUACUCCAGCGCAUACAUUGUCAUGGGGAAAAGUAUUUCCAGACUUACUAACAAAAUGUUAUCAAGACUCUAAGCCAAC